UGUGUUAUGCUUCAUAUGCUACCACCUUUCAAUGUGUGAAAUAACUUAAUUGCAUUAAAUAUGAAGAAGGCUUGUAUUGGGAGUUGAAUAAAUAAAAUCAUGAAAAGUUGCAAAAAUAGCCAAUAGGCAUUAAUUAGGGUUUGCAAAUACCAACGGCCAUUGAGCCCCCAAAGGCGCGAUUCCUUACUAUCCCACUUUUGCCCUCCCAUUUUUCUUUCCUUCCAACUCUUCAUUUUCCUUUUAAUUCUCUCUUCAAUCUGCAAACAACAAAACCACAGAAAAAAACCAAAAAAUGUCAAACAAAUCCCCCAUUUUUCACUUUGUUGAACCUCAACACUUCAGUGACUAUGGCUUCGACCCUCAAAUCGAUUAUUUUCAGAUUUUAGAAGAAGCAAGAAAGCACAAGAUUAGAGAAACGGCAAGAUCUUCUAUAGAUACAGUUCAUUUCAAGCUACAAAAACCAAUUUCAAAAGACGAAUCUUCAAAAAAGAUCAAGAAGAACAGUAGCCGCAAAAAAUGGUGGAAAAAUGCUCUGCUCUUUUUCAAGAGGACUACUAAUUCCAAAAAUGAAAAAAUCUCCGGCGACGGUGAUCUUGACGUCGACGGCGAAGUUCACCGCCAGUGUGCUACUUUCCGGGGAUCAUUAUCUGGGCCGGUUUAUAUUACUGAGAGCAGAAGUGGGUCGAAUACGCCUUGCCGUACAACCAGCCGGCCUUCGUCCGGUCCACUCGCCGGAACUUUAACUCCUAACCGGAAAGGUGAUUUAGAGAUCCCCUACAUUAAACUCAGGGAAUUUAACAUGGACCAGCAGCAGCAUAGGAUCUCCACAACUUCAGCUAUGCCCAUAUAUUUGGUCACGUGAACAGAGCAGUAUUUAAUUAAUUUUUAAUAUUAAGUGCUACUGCUAAUUAUCAUUAUCCUAAUUUGAUACCUUUUUAGGGUUGGGAAUUGGAAAUGAUGAACCCUUUAGUCUUUAAUUAAAAGGGUAUCCUCUUGUUUUUUAUUUUUUUUUGUUUUCUGUUGUUAGAAGUUAACUUUUCCGGUCAUUUUAUGCAACUUUUUUUUCUUGUGAAUUGUCAACAGACAGUCUUUAUCUUUGGUUUUGCUGCCUAUUGUAAUGAGCUGAUUCAUCUACUAAGGGCGAGCUUUCACCAGUCUGCUUUUGACAUUUUUCUCUAUUUUUUUCCUUUUCAUUCGGGUUGUAAUUUUAACUUUAUCCAUAAGGGAUCGUUUGGUACUGUGCAUAAGAA